AUGGCUGAGUCCUCCCCCCGGAAGAAGAUAAAAUGCCAUCAGACCAUUCCAGAGAACGUCCCUUUACCCCCUACGUACCUGAAAGUUCUUCCCCACGUGGCUCCGAGAACCCAGGACCGUCCAGGGUACAUCAAACGGGGAAUCCCCGACGUCAAUCGACCUCCACCUGCCAACAACAUUGAACACAAAGUUCCCUGUGACAACUUGAAGAUCACAGACACUCUUCUGAAGGAAUUCAGAAUCUCCCUCCAGCAGGGAAUCCCCGACGCUUUCAAAAUUCAUGACCUGAGCCAUCCCUUCUUCCCAGAAGGCGACAAUCCCCACUGAGCCCCAACGUCAUCAUCCGAAGU